AUGCUGAUAAAGGAAUUGGUGACGUCAAAGGGGCAGGACAUAAAUCUUCGACUUAUAUUGGUGAGCGGUAAGACGAAAGAAUUUCUUUUUAGUCCAAAUGAAUCAGCUGGAGAAAUAGCACAACAUGUUUUUGACUGUUGGCCCGAAGAUUGGGCAGAAGAAGCAGUUUCAAAAGCAGAAAUACUCAGACUUAUUUACCAAGGCCGGUUCCUACAUAGCAACGUAACAUUGGGUGCCCUAGGAUUACCAUAUGGUAAAACAACCGUCAUGCAUCUUGUGCCACGAGAAAAUCUCCCUGAGCCAAAUUCACAUGUUUGGAUGCCUUGA